UAAAGAUUGUGCCGAAACAUUUACAUUAAAGUAAUACAAAACUAAAAACUGGUUCUAUUUAGCAUCGAUGCAUAGAAUUAUUUGAGAAUUCUUGCUUUCAAUCAUCGUAACAAACUUUCUUUUUGUGCUUUUCAUGCUACAAAGUUCAACUAAUUUUAGGGUUUAGCAAUGCAGCAAAUACGGUUUAAGUUUUGUUUAGUUUCAACGUAACAAUCUUUGCUCUUUCUUCUCUCCUCUCUGACAACCAAGAAGUCAAAACUCUUUGGUUCGUUUUUGUCUACGCAAUUGACUUGCCGCUGAAAUCAGGUUUUGGUUCUUUCUUUCUCUAAGUAAAAACAAAGUUCCAAUCGUUGGCUCACUUUCUUGUGCAUUAUUCGCAAUUUAGUGUUCGCUCAUUGAAGCACAAACUAAGGUCCGUCGCAUUUUAAUUUUAAAAUAAAUCCAUUGACAGUUAGAAUGAGAAUCUUAGCAGCAGUUCUCGUGUGUGUGUGCAUUUCCGUAACUACACCGUUACCCACAAAAUCUGAUGAAGAAACCAGCAUUCAUGACCAGCCAAACUAUCCUAGUGAAGUUUCAAAAAUUAUUGCCAUAAAUUUACUGAAAUCCUACAUUGAUAUAGACGGAAAUCAAGUUCAUUCACCAUUGGGUGUGAGCUCCAUUUUAGCCGUAUUGGCAGAAGCAGCAGCUGGAACUACCUAUGAAGAGUUCACCAAUGUGUUUGCAUUCCCAAAUAACCGGGCAUAUUUAAGAGAUGCUUAUAAGCAUCUUCUUUCUAGAUACCAGAACCAUGAAUAUGGCAGCGAACCUUCGUUCCAAACGUGGCUAUACAUUUAUCGUAAUCAUAGUGCUCGUGAUGAAUUUAAGCAAUUAGUACGGGAAAAUUAUUUUGUGGAUGUUAAAGAUAUAAACCGCGAUGAAUAUGAUUGGAGUGAACCCAACACGUCGUUAGACACUCAGAGCACAACGAUUAGUAACAGCAAAGAUGUCAUUGGCUUUGAGACGUUAAAACAUAUCAAAAUUGACGACGAAAAUGAUCGCUUGAGCAAUUUGAAGAAUAAUUAUGGUGAAGAAGUCAUAGCAAAAGAACCUUCGAAAUUUGAUCGCUUUGUGGAUGAAAAGCAGUAUGUCGAAAAACCCAUCAUACUUGAAGAGAUAAAUCAGGAAAAAGCAAAACUAGAAGAGUUGAAUGCGAAGGAAAAAAUAUCUUCCCAGUAUGGAGAGGAAAGCGAUAGACCAAUUAUAGAGAAAAAGAAUCAAAACGAAAAAAGUGAAAAAGAUAAAUUUGUAGUAAGUCGUGAGAUUGAAAUAAAAGAUGAACAGGCUACAAUAAAUGAGCUUAAAGUCAAUCAAAGUGAACGCGAAGAUGAACUAAAUAUCGUUGAUAAUGAAACUGUGCAGGAUAGAGAAAAACUUCGAAAAAAUUAUGAACAUUCGUCAUAUUCCAAUAAAAAGAUGGUACCAAUACAAGAAGUUCUAAAUUCAAAUGAACCUGAAAAAAUUUCACUUCCAUUACAAAAACUGGAAAGUGCCAUUGAUGUCGCUUCCAAAGAUGUUGGUGAAAUAAUGAUUGCUUUAGAAUCGCACAUCAGCACCGUGCGGCAGAUAUAUGGUGGCCGCAGUCUCUUCCGAAAGGACGAUAUCGCUUCCUCUCUUAGUGCAAACUCUGUUACAGGUCGUGAUGUAGGAUCAAAAACUAAAAUGCUACUCUUCAAUGGUCUUUAUUUCCGGGGUAAUUGGGCUAAUGCUUUCUUCGAACGACCGAAUACAGAAGAAUACUUCUUUAUGACUUCAGAAGAUGCGGUAAAAACUCCAAUGAUGCAUACCAGCGGUAAAUUUUAUGUUGCUGACUUAAAGCAUCUCAAUGCAAGGGCUGUGUGUCUGCCCUAUGAGAAUAAAAAGUACGCCAUGUUUGUAGUAGUACCCAAUGAGCUGGAGGGAUUACAUAGUGUUAUAAAGAAAAUGAAACCGGAUGAUUUUAUAUAUGCAAAGACUAAUGCCGAAGAAAGAGAGCUACACAUUUCUCUACCUAAAUUUCAGGUAGAAGAGACUUCUCGAUCUGAGUCGAUGCUGAAGCAGUUAGGAUUACAAAAGCUUUUUUCUCGUGAGGAAGCCGAUCUAAGCCUUCUUUCCGAUGAUCUCGAUUUACACGUUGAUGAAAUUGUGCAAUUUGUCAAUGUACGAGUAGAUGAAGGUAGUGGAAGUGUAACUGGGCUCUCGGCUAGCAAUGGACAAAUGCGAAAUUCCGAAGCAGAAAUGGAUGCAUUUGAAGUGAAUCGGCCAUUUUUGUUCUUUGUAAUGGACUGCGAACAGGACUUUGUCGUUGUGUCUGGAAAAGUGUACACGCCUGAAUUUAAGGAAGAACUUCCUAUCACCAUAGAAGUAGAAUUUGAUCAAGCCUAACUUAGUAAAAAUUUGUAAAGGUGGAAAACAAAAUCUAGAGUAUUUUGAGAUAAUAAAUUUUUAGUUGAUCAGUACUUU